GUUGGUCUGGGCUCACUGUUGGGCAGCCAGUAAGUGUGUGAAAGAGCAAUUUAGAAGGGCUGAGGGCUCUGUGUCUAGUUCAGAGCUAAAACUCCAAGGAAAACUAUUAAAUAUGACUGCUGUCCACCGCUUAGUUAUUGUCCGCCAUGGAGAGAGUGCCUGGAACCAGGAGAACCGCUUCUGCGGCUGGUUUGACGCCGACCUCAGUGAGAAGGGUGUGGAGGAGGCCAAGCGUGGAGCCCAGGCCAUUAAGGAGGCAGGCCUGAAGUUUGACGUGUGCUACACCUCAGUGCUGAAACGCGCUAUCCAGACCCUGUGGACCAUAAUGGAGAUCACUGACCAGAUGUGGCUGCCUGUGAUUCGCACCUGGCGCCUGAACGAGCGCCACUACGGAGGCCUCACUGGUCUGAACAAGGCAGAGACCGCCGAGAAGCACGGCGAGGAGCAGGUGAAGAUCUGGCGUCGAUCUUUUGACAUCCCACCUCCACCUAUGGAUAAGGACCACCCUUACCACAAAAUCAUCAGUGAGUCCCGGCGUUACAAAGACCUGAAGCCUGGUGAACUGCCUACAUGCGAGUCUCUGAAGGACACCAUUGCACGUGCCUUGCCGUUCUGGAACGAGGUUAUUGCUCCACAAAUCAAAGCAGGGAAGAAUGUUAUCAUUGCUGCCCACGGCAACAGCCUCCGUGGCAUAGUCAAGCACCUAGAGGAUAUGUCUGAUGCAGCCAUCAUGGAGCUGAACCUUCCAACAGGAAUCCCAAUCGUAUACGAACUGGAUGCAGAUCUGAAGCCGGUCAAGCCCAUGUCUUUCCUCGGUGAUGAGGAAACCGUGAAGAAGGCCAUGGAGGCUGUGGCUGCCCAGGGAAAAGCCAAGAAGUAAGCCAGCCAUGGAGGCUCCAUGAGGAAGCAGAAAAUGACUUUUCAUCCCCCAAUUCUUCCAGAUUUUCCUCAUAUUUCAUUCCAGAUUGGGGAAAUGGUUAAUGGUUCUUUGGGAGGAGGGCCAGGCCCCCACAUUUUACACAGCCACACAUCACUCAGCCCUUUUAAAUUGUGGUCAAGCUCUAUUUUUUAGGUUCACCACUCUGGCACAUCCAAUAAAUAAGUCAUGUUUGUA